GUUUCGUUGAGCUAGCUAUUCAGGGACAUCUCUGGCGGCGGACUGCUGUUACCGUGCCAGACAAGGAUCAGAGCUUAGUGCAAUAACCAUGACGACAGAAAUCUCCACCUCCAUAAACAUCAAGGAGCCUCGAUGGGACCAAGGGACGUUUAUGGGCCGGGCCAAACACUUCUUCACCGUUACCGACCCCCGCAACGUCCUGCUUACCAACGAACAACUAGAGAAUGCACACAAAGUCAUCAGUGACUACCGGCAAGGGGUGAUGUCCCCCGGGCUGACAGAGGACGAGCUAUGGAGAGCCAAGUACAUCUUUGACUCAGCCUUCCACCCAGACACCGGAGAGAAGAUGAUCCUGAUUGGCCGCAUGUCGGCUCAGGUCCCCAUGAACAUGACCAUCACUGGCUGUAUGAUGACCUUCUACAAGACAACUCCAGCUGUAGUCUUAUGGCAGUGGAUCAAUCAGUCCUUCAAUGCAAUAGUCAACUACACCAAUAGGAGUGGAGAUGCUCCUCUCUCAGUUAAUCAGCUUGGCACAGCCUAUGUAUCUGCUACCACAGGGGCAGUAGCCACGGCUCUAGGACUAAAUGCACUAACAAAGCACAUAUCUCCCCUCGUAGGGAGGUUAGUUCCCUUCGCUGCUGUUGCUGCUGCUAACUGCAUCAACAUCCCUCUCAUGAGGCAACGGGAACUGAAACACGGCAUUCCGAUAACAGACGAGAACGAUAACCGGUUAGGAGAGUCAACCACCGCCGCUAAGCAGGCUAUCUCCCAGGUGGUGGUGUCUAGAAUCCUCAUGGCCUCUCCUGGAAUGGCUAUCCCUCCGUUUUUAAUGAACACCUUGGAAAAGAAAGCCUUCCUAAAGAAGUUCCCGUGGAUGAGUGCACCUAUUCAAGUGGUCUUGGUGGGAUUCUGCCUGGUGUUCGCCACUCCACUGUGCUGUGCACUGUUCCCCCAGAAGAGCUCUAUGUCAGUAAGCCGAUUGGAGCCAGAGCUUCAGGAGAAGAUCCGUGUGAGCCACCCCGGGGUGGAGAGGGUCUACUUCAACAAAGGACUAUGAGUGUCCAGCCCACCGCCAACACUCCUGCACUGCCAUACUACCCUCACACCAUCUGUAUUGGUGGCAGACACCAACAACCCUCCUGGCUCUGCCAUACUAACCUCACACCAUCUGUAUUGGUGGCAGACACCAACAACCCUCCUGGCUCUGCCAUACUAACCUCACACAAUCUGUAUUGGUGGCAGACACCGCCAACCCCCCUGGCACUGCCAUACUACCCUCACACCAUCUGUAUUGGUGGCAGACACCAACAACCCCCCUGGCACUGCCAUACUACCCUCACACCAUCUGUAUUGGUGGCAGACACCGACAACCCCCCUGGCACUGUCAUACUACCCUCACACCAUCUGUAUUGGUGGCAGACACCGACAACCCUCCUGGCACUGUCAUACUACCCUCACACCAUCUGUAUUGGUGGCAGACACCAACAACCCUCUUCCUCAUUCUGUGUGCCAAAGUUAAGUUUUGCUUCUCCUCCACUCCACAGACAGAAUCCCUUGUUUCCCUCCUCCCCUUACGCUCUCUCCGUCACCCUCUCUCCGUCACCCUCUCUCCGUCACACUCUCUCCGUCACCCUCUCUCCGUCGCACUC